GAAAAUUUCAUACGAUGAUUAAAAUGAAAAUUAUAAGAGGACUCGUCUUGGUUAUAUUUUUUUAUACUCCAUUAAAUGCACUAGAUUUCUCAGGCGAAAAAAAUCCGGUGAUUUGCACUAUAGCUGGAAGUAGUUAUCCAAGUACUUAUGUAUUCAAUAUAAGUGAACUCCCAGAACGUUGUAAUAUAAUUACAGUAGGUCAAUAUUCGUUUGACCUUGAUGAUGGUACCAAUCUCUUUGUAAUGGAAUCAGAUAAAAGUAUAAUAAAAACCUUAGUAAGAGCUAAAAAACCUACAUACAUACACAUUGGAUUUGAGAGUGUUGGCUGUGAUUGGACCACAAUAUUUGAUCCUUCGAAUGAAAUUGAAUUUAAAAAGAAUACAUUUGAUCCAUUUAUUAAUUUCAUAAGUAAAUUUGAUAUUAGUGGUAUUAUCAUCAACUGUCCACCAAUAUAUUAUAAUAUGUACAUAGAGGGUUUUUCAAAAAAUGUGAGUUCAUUUGUGACUAAAGUUAAAAAUAUAACACAAAACUUAAAAGUUGGUUUCUUCAUACCUGGUUUUUACUAUGAAAGUUUUACAAAUGAAACGCUUUUUGAUUUUACAAUAACAAAUAAAGUUUUGGAUUUUUACGUCAUUGAAUGGGGAAUAAACAAUUGUACAAAUGAUACUUUGAAAACUGGUUUCUCUCCAAUAAAAUCCACUAAUCCGGAUUUGAUAACUGUUGAACAAGUUACUAGUGGUAUAAAUAAGUCAACUAUGGAUAAAUCUAAAAUCUAUGMUAAGAUACUAAUAGCUCCAAUUAUUCCUUUAUAUCUUCUUUCCAAAAACGAUGACUAUUAUGUUAUAACGUACACUAAAUAUUGUAACAAUACCGAUCCAUUCAAGCCAUCUGAAUUGUGUAUUACCCCUUCAAUACUUUCAUAUCAACAAGGAGCUUAUGCAAAAACAGUAUAUGUAGGAAUUGUCCUAGAACAGCUUGAUACAGAUGAUUACGAGGGUCAAUGUCAAUGUGAGAAAUUUCCAGUUACAAACCUAAUUAUUGAUGGAUGGACAGGAAAAACUUUUGAAACAUGUCCAAAAUUAGAUCGAAGUUGAACGAUUUUAAUUUAAAUAUUAAAAAAAAAUAAAAUAGAAUGAUUUACACUAUAUAUUUUUAACAGGUAUUCAUCAAUAUUCUCACGAAAUUCUCAUACAAAUAUAAGUG